ACAAAAAAAGACACUUGAGAGGCUCAUGCCAUCCCUACCCCGUGAUUAUGAGUUCAGGUCACCCGUUUGAAGAAGACACUUAUGUUAGGGUUUAGGGUUUUAUGAGAACCUCGCAAAGAAUGGGAAGGCAUCGAAGCCGCAGUCGGAGCCACAGCCCUGUGCCAAGCAAGCGAUACGAAGACCCUCGCGAUCGCCGUGCAGACCGCCAUUCCCCUGCUCCCUCUGGCCUUCUCGUUCGAAAUAUUUCUCUCAGCUCCAGGCCAGAAGAUAUCAGAGUACCUUUCGAGCGGUUUGGUCCGAUAAGAGAUGUUUACUUACCGAAAAAUUACUACAGUGGAGAACCCCGGGGUUUUGGCUUUGUGAAGUUUCGUUAUCCUGAAGAUGCAGCUGAGGCGAAGAAAUGCUUAAAUCAUACUGUCAUUGGUGGGCGUGAAAUUCAAAUUGAAUAUGCUGAAGAAAAUAGAAAGACGCCACAUGAAAUGCGUAGGCUUACCACACACACAAGUCAUCGACGGAAUUCAAGAAGACACAGUCCGUCAAGAUCCCCAAGGCGAAGAUAUCACUCUGAUUCACGGUCACCCACUCCAGCACGACAAGCGUCAAGAGAGCAUAAAAGGGUGGCCUAUAAUUCGCCUCGGAGAUCCAGAUCACUAUCAAGAUCUCUGUCCCCUAGGAGGAUUAAAACAUCAAAGGAAAGGCAUGCCAGGCAGCAUUCCAGAUCCGUGUCUCGAUCCCCUUCUCCAAGUCACAGAUAUCGAAGUAAAAAAAGCAAUGGACAGAUUUCAUGUGAUGAUGAUUCUGCUCCAAAACAGACUUGAAACUCCACCAUGGAAUUAACACAGUUGAUGGUCUGAUUCUAGAUCCUACUAUCCUAGAGCUGAGCAUAAUUGUUACAAAAUCCCCCUAUGCUGCUAAAAUCAGACUUAUGCCUUGGUUUGGAAAAUGUUUGAUGCCAUACCCGGGAUGUCAUGUUUAUGCCUUUUGAACACUCAUACAGAUCACACCAUCCGUUUAUUUUACUCCAACAUUUUAUCAAAGUUUUGUUAUUUGCUUCACUUUUUUUACGAUUAAAAAUUUAUUAAAAAUGGGACAUAAUAUCUUUUACAUUUUCAUCUUUUAGCUCCUAGUGUUUAACAUCUACACUAUUCUUUAACCAUACAACUUUAUUCUUGAACUUUUUGAAAACAUGGUGGCUUAAGUAAAAACAGAGUAGAAGAUUUAUAAAGAUAGUUUGGGACACUUGCUGGAUGAAAAGGUCAUAAUGCUGGUUUGUGCUCUAUGCAGUUCUUGUUGGUUGCUGCAUGGUUUGUGACUUCCCGUGAAGUUCCAACUUGUAUGAUGUCUUAACGAGUUAACGCUGGUUGACAGUCUCUCUUGAAGUUCCAAUUAAUCUUGGUUCACACAUCGCAGAUAUCAAGCUUCAUGUUUUGUGAAAUUAUGACUACUUUCACCAUCUUGUAUCUGUGUGUUGGGGUGUUGAAACCUGGAACUCAUUUGAUGGGAAUGUAAAUCCCGACUUCCGUUUUGUACUUCAUCCCAAAUGAAUAGUUUCCUAUUUUGGGGGUUUUCGCUUGAGUACUACGGAGUACUAAAUCCUAAUUUAAAAAUUAGAUUCUACGUACAAAAAAUAUGAUUACUU